UUUCGUCGGCCUUCCUUUCCGUGCCCCAAUAAUUCGGGCCGUUGAACCUUUUGUUUUUAUUACCUUUUAUUUCUCCUAAUAUAACAACGGCAACGCUCGUGCCGUUCCUUCGAAAAAAUGUUAGCUAGCCGAGCCUGCCCGCGCUAGACCAAUUGAACUAGAAACUAGUACCGGCCGGCCGGCCGGCGGAGGGAGAAGGGUGGAAGAUGGCCGAGCUCGCGACGGGAGCCGUGAGCUCGCUGCUGGGCGUCAUCCGCAACGAGAUGCUGCUGCUGGGCCGCGUCCGGGGCGACGUGCAGUUCAUCAAGGAGGAGAUGGAGAGCAUGAACAGCUUCCUGUUGCACCUGGCCCGUACAGCGCCCCCUGGCGGCGAGAACGACGAGCAGGUCCGGACGUGGAUGAACCAGGUCCGGCUUCUGGCCCACGACUGCAACAACUGCAUCGACUUCUACCUGUACCGCCCCGACAUCCACCUCGCCAGGGGCUGCCUCCGGCGCUACCUCCUGUGGGCUCCCUGCUUCGUGCAGAAGAUGGUCGCGCAGCACCGCGCGGCCGUCCAGCUGCGCUCGCUGAGGGACCGCGCGCGCGACGUCGGGGAGCGGCGGUUGCGGUACGGCGUGGAGGUGCCGGCGACGAAGACGACCUCGGCCGCAUCAGCCGACGGUGCUGGAGACAAGGAACACGACGGUGACAAUCAGCUCGUUGUGGCAACGCCGGCCACCCUGGACGACUACUUUGAGGCGAAGCUCGUUGACUGGAUAACACAGCAAGCCAAAACCAGAAAGGCGGGAUCGUCGAUACCAUCCGUCGCUGUUGUGGCACCGGAUGCAGAUCAGGACGCCGGCGCCAUCGCACGUGAAGCUUUGGCCGUGGUGCGCUCAUAUAACCAUUUAACGCACAGUGUCUUGGUCGACAUCCCGGCAGUGCACUUUGCAAAUCACCUGCUACAACCCAAGGAGAUUCUCUACUACAUCCUCCGGGAGCUCAAGCUCGAGGAUGCCAAAUCCCUAUCCCACCAGCAGCAGCAGCAGCAGCAGCAGGAGGAAGGCACAGGUCAAGACGAAAGGGAGCGGCAAUAUAUAGAAUGGAAAAGAAAAGAUCGUAUUUACAGGGAGAAAAAGAAUGUGUUUUAUGAAGUCAAGAGAACUAUCCGAGAAAUGAAGGUCGGCGACAAGAUUGAAGAGAUCAAGAGUGAAUUUGGGCAAAGCAAGAAUGACGAGCUGCUGCAGUGGAACCUGAAGAAACUAAUGAAGGAGAAGGGCGACGACAAGAAUAUAUGGAAAAGCGAAAUCUCCAAAAAACCCUUACAAGUACUCCUGCUGCUGCUGGUCAAGUCAGCUGCCGCGGAUGAACAAGACCAAGUAAGGAAGAAAGCCAUGCCUACACUGGCAGUAUGGUACGACGACAUCAUCAAGGAAACGGCCAAGAAGCUUCAAGACUGUAUGGACUAUAAAGAAGAAGAAUACGAUGAGCACGAUGAUGAUGAAGAGGAAGAAGAAGACGACGAUGAUGAAGAAGAAGAAGACGACGACGAAGAAGAAGAAGAAGGAGGAGAAGGAAGAGGACAAGCAGGGUGCAGCCUGAUUCACCUCAAUGCUGCCCAAUAUGAACAAAUCCUGCGGGAGGUGUUCCCAAAGACCAUGCCCCUGCAGGAGCAGGAGCAAGGCACCCCGAUCAGCCCCACCACUCCAUUGGGCGAGGACAAAAAAAAAGUAAUUAUCGAAAAGGUUAAACCAGAAAUCGUGCGGGAGGUGUUAUCGGGGACCAGCAACAGCAAAUCCCCGCAAGCCCAAGAGCAAGAAAGUUCAGUGGCGAGGCAAGUCACAAAGGCCACAACAACUGCAUUGGACGAGGAUCCAACCACAGAAAAAUCUAACAAGAAACAAGCAGCAGGUAAAUCGGAUGGUCAUGAUGAAGACCUGGAUGCAACUGUUCAAGAAAACACGAAGACGGAAAAAGCGGGGACCAGCAACAGCAAGUCCCUGCGGUCUCAGGAGCAAGACAGUUUGGCGGACAAGCAAGCCACGAAGGCCACAGUGACUGCAGUGGGCGAUGAUCCAAUCAAAAAGAAAUCUAACAAGAAACAGCGAGCAGGUAAAUCGGAUGGCCAUGAUCAAAAGCUGGAUGCAAUUGUUCAAGAAACCAUGCAGAAGAUGGAAAAGGUCAAGCAGGUGAUUAAUGAGCAACUGAAGAUCAAAGGGAUCAUGGACAUGAUUGAAAAACUUUUGAAGGAUCAAAGAAUCAUAAUUAUUCUCAAAUUUGAUGAUCAGAUGAUCCACGGGUUCCGAUGGGAGGAGACCAGAAAUGCUUUGAGCUUUCUUGAUUGCAUUGCUGGUGCUGUGAUCGUGAUCAACUCAAGGGACACCCAACAGAUCAAGGAAGAAUAUUGCUAUCCACAGCAGCAGGAGCCUAUAAACUAUUCUCUUGUUGGCCUCUACCACGAUACUCUGUUCGAUCUAACAAGACAACAAUACAGCAACUGCGAUCCCCAGAUUUUUCACAAUAUCUUGGACAAGUGUAAGCUAAAUGAAUUCUGCAUGAAGAUCUUCGCUCAUGCUUUGUACGCAAAUCCUAAGAGAAGCAAUGAAGAGCUGAACAAGCUGCAUAGCAUCCUGCAGCCAGUUUCACCAGAACCAUUAGUCAGUAUUGCUAAAACGAUGUUCAUGUUCUGCUACAACGAUCUGCCUAAAGAAUACAAGUCCUGCCUGCUGUACCUAGCCAUCUUCCCUCAAGGAUACAAAAUCAGGAGGUCAACCUUGAUAGGACGAUGGGUUGCGGAAGGAGUAAUAACUACAGAAGAUUGGCGCUGGUCCAGUUCAGUGCGGGAAGCCGAAAAAUGUUUUGUCAAGCUCAUUGACAGGUGGCUUGUUUAUCCUGUUGAUAUUGGUGCUACAGGAGAGGUCAAAAGCUGCAUGGUGGACAAUCUAGUUCAUGGAUUCAUUACCAAGAUUGCUGAGAAACAACGCAUCUUGGAGACACGCCUGUCACAUCACUUGGCUCGCCACUUCUCAAUUUCCAACGAUCUCCGACUCCGUGGAUCUGAUACAAUCGAGAAUUUCUUGGAAAAUCUCUCGAAGUCAUCUCAAUUUCACCUGCUCAAGGUGCUAGAUCUGGAAGAUUGUCAAUGCUUUGGUGGGAAGAAGAAACGCUACCUCAAGGACAUCUGCAGCAAGAUCUUACUGCUCAAGUAUCUGAGCCUAAGAAGAACAAAUGUUACCCACCUGCCCAGUGAAAUCAACAACCUUCAUGAGCUGGAGGUGUUGGAUAUCCGGCAGACCAAGGUGCCUGCGUUUGAAACAAGAAAUAUCCGGCUUCUAAAGCUGAAGCGUCUGCUGGCUGGUGACACUGCUCCAAGUCUAAACAGUACUGAUUUCGACAGUGUUCAGGUUCCUGAAAAGAUCGAAAAAAUGGAAGCUAUGGAGGUACUGUCCAACGUUAAGCCACAGGAUAUUCAACAUUUAAAAGACAUUGGAAGGUUAUGGCAACUAAGCAAGCUUGGUGUGGUUAUCAAGGACAAGGAUAGUCACCUCAAGAAUUUGCUUCAAGCAAUCAGUAACUUGCAUAAGUGCCUCCGGUCUCUGUCAAUCACUCUUGUUCCCAUAACCGAACGCAUGGGCACUUCUUGCAGCAGAGGUUUUUCUAUUUUGCAGAACGCUUACAGCAGCAGGUUACCAGUUGAUGCUAUUGACUCUUACUUGAAAGACCAUCCCAAGGAUCUUGAGACACUAAGCAUAAGUGGAAGCACACGAAAGGUGCAGCUUCUUCAAUUGUUGGCUCAAGAUGGUGAAGAACUGGCCAAGGUAACUAUAAGUAAAAUCUCGCUGAACCAGAACGAUCUUAAUGUCCUUGCCAAUCUGCCCAAGUUGCGCUGUUUCAGACUACGACACAUUGUCUGCGCCGAGGGAAAGCUCACUUUCAGCAAGGAUAAGUUUGAAAAUCUCAAGUACUUUCUUUCCGAGGGCUCCAACAUGACUGACAUCAGCUUUGAAGCUGGAGCAACUCCUGGGCUCGAGGAGAUCGUAUUGUCCUUCCCAACCACCAACACCAUUGGAGUCGACGGCACACCAGAUCUGGAGGAGCGCAAGUUGAACAACAGCACCAGCACCAACACUGCCACCGCCGCCGCCGCCACCACCGCCAAUACCACUAGAGACGAUGCCCUUCCAAAACUUGAGGAGCGCAAGUUGAGUAGCAACACCACCACCGCUGCCGCCGUCACCACAGGAGAUGAUGGCCUUCCAAAACUGGAAGAGCAUGAAUUGAGCAGCAACACCGCCGCCGCCGCCGCCGCCGCCGCCAACACCGCCACCACCGCCCCUGCCGCCACCAGUAUUUCCACUGCCGCCGCCGCCACCACCACCAGAGUCAAUGUCCUUCCAAAACCGCAGGAGCAAAAGUUGAACUCGAACACCACCAGCAGCAACAUGUUCCUUUCAUUGUUUCAGAAUAAUGCCAAACAAAUAUCCAAGGUGACUCUUGGUGGUACAUUGCUGAAGCAAGGUGAUCUACAAAUCCUGGCCAAGAAACGAAGCAUGCGCUGCCUAGAGCUCUUGGAAAAGUCUUAUGUCGAUGGCAAGCUUACCUUCAACAAUGAUGAGUUCCCAAAGCUCAACCUUCUUACUGUCCAAUGCUGUGACAUUUCCGAGAUAAGCUUCACUGGCGGAUCUGCUCCUAAGCUCGAGAAGAUCAUCUGGUCAUUCUCUUCUCUUUCUGGCAUCGACAACCUUCCGAGAUUGAAGGAGCUCGAGUUUAAUGGUGAGUUAGUUCCUAAUGAGGUGCAAGUGAAAGAAUCCAUUAAGAAUCAUAGAAACAAACUUGUUCUUAAAUACAACAUACCAAAAAAUCAAGAGCAAGAAAAAGGAAGAGCACCAAAAGAGGGCGAUGUUGCAAACAGAUCCCACUUAUGCUUCUGGAUGAAGAAGGCUUAACACUGGAGGAAGGCAUCUCCUUUCAUCAACCGAUUCAUCAUCGAGUCCCAUGAUGUGGUAUGCCAUCUCUUCUGCUUGUAUGUUUCUGUUUGCCGUGUGUUUAUAUUCUGCGUGUGUAUCUACCGAGUGUGUCCGGCUUCCAAUUUGUUCUACAUGUGUGGCCUGUGAUUGUGAUUGAGCAUAAGGGUUGUGUCUAUGCUCGCGGAUUUGGACUUGUGUGGCUUUCCUCUGGACCAUCAUGCUGCAUGCAUGGUUUCAUGUAAUAAGUGCGGUGCUUGUGCGCACAUUUUUGUUAAUGUACUGUGUGCUACUAUAUAUGUGAUUUGAUUGGUUUCUGCAACGA